CAGUCGCUGGCAGUGAAGGAGAAAUGGCGCAGAAAGGAGUUCAGCUGGACCGGGAAACCUUCUCUUGUUCCAUCUGUCUGGAUUUACUGAAGGAUCCGGUGACGACUCCCUGUGGACACAGCUACUGCAAGAACUGUAUUAAAACCCACUGGGAUGGAGAGGACAUAGAGAAGAAGAAGAAGAAGAAGAAGAAGAGAAGCCACAGCUGCCCUCAGUGCAGGCAGACCUUCACACCGAGGCCUGUCCUGCUGAAGAACACCAUGUUAGCAGCUUCAGUGGAGGAGCUGAAGAAGACUGGACUCCAAGCUGCUCCUGCUGAUCACUGCUAUGCUGGACCUGAAGAUGUGGGAUGUGAUGUCUGCACUGGGAGAAAACGGAAAGCCUUCAAGUCCUGUCUGCAGUGUGUGGCCUCUUACUGUGAGAAACACCUCCAGCCUCAUUAUGAUGUGGCUCCAUUAAAGAAACACAAGCUGGUGGAGCCCUCCCAGAAGCUCCAGGAGAACAUGUGCUCUCGUCACGAUGAGGUGAUGAAGAUGUUCUGCCGUACUGAUCAGCAGUGUAUCUGUUAUCUCUGCUCUGUGGAGGAACAUAAAGGCCACGACACAGUCUCAGCUGCAGCAGAAAGGACUGAGAGGCAGAGAGAGCUCGAGGGGAGUCGACUAAACAUCCAGCAGAGAAUCCAGGACGGAGAGAAAGAUGUGAAGCUGCUUCAGCAGGAGGUGGAGGUCAUCAAUUGCUCUGCUGACAGAGCAGUGGAGGACAGUGAGAAGAUGUUCACUCAGCUGAUCCGUCUCAUGCAGAAAAGAAGCUCUGAUGUGAAGCAGCAGCUCAGAUCGCAGCAGGAAAGUGAAGUGAGUCGAGUCAAAGAGCUUCAGGAGAAGCUGGAGCAGGAGAUCACUGAGCUGAAGAGGAAAGACGCUGAUCUGAAGCAGCUCGCACACACAGAGGACCACAACCAGUUUCUACACAACUACCCCUCACUGUCCCCACUCAGUGAGUCUACACUCUCCUCCAGCAUCAACAUCCCUCUCGGAUACUUUGAGGAAGUGACAGCGGAUGUGUCAGAAGUCAUAGAUGAACUCCAGGACGUUCUGAGAGAGAAGUGGACAAACAUCUCACAGACUGGGACUGAAGUGGAUGUUUUACUGUCAGCAGAGCCAAAGACCAGAGCUGGAUUCUUAAAGUAUUCACGUGACAUCACACUGGAUCCAAACACAGCAAACACACGGCUGUUAUUAUCUGAGGGGGACAGAAAAGUGACAGUAAUGAGUGAACAACAGUCUUAUUCUCGUCACACAGACAGAUUCACUGGAUGUCUUCAGAUGCUGAGUAGAGAGAAUCUGACUGGACGUAGUUACUGGGAGGUGGAGUGGAGCGGGGGAGACGUUCGUGUAGCAGUCGCAUACAAGAACAUCAGCAGAGCAGGGGGGGGGGAAGAAUGUUUAUUUGGAUUCAAUGAUAAAUCCUGGAUGUUAUAUUGUGACGAUAACAGUUGUACAUUUUGUUACAACAAAGUCAACACUCCCAUCUCAGGUCGUCCGUCCUCCAGACUCGGAGUGUACCUGGAUCACAGAGCAGGUGUUCUGUCCUUCUACAGCGUCUCUGACACCAUGACUCUCCUGCACAGAGUCCACCACACAUUCUCUCAGCCGCUCUACGCUGGAGUUCGUUUAUAUUGUUAUUAUCCUGGAGCCACUGCUGAGUUCUGUAAACUCAAGUAGACAGAAGUAAAUCUCUGGUUCUCCUUCAGGGAGUCUUCUUCUCUCAGGUAUCAAACAAAGCUGACGGAGACAAAGUGAAGCUGAUCUGAGACAAUAACUGAGCAAAGUAGCAGCACGUGGUGAUCAAAUGUUGUCUUAUAGAUCAGCUGUGAAUAUGAAACUACUGUAUUACUGCAGAUCAAUAUUAUCACUACAGUAAUAAGGAGACAUGUUUUGUAUCUGUCGAGUGGGGAAAUGAAAGAACGUACAAAUGAAAGUCAUGAAAUGUGCAGUUUGAAGGAUUUAAAGGACCUUUGUGUUGCUGUAGUUUCCCAGCAUGCUCUCUGGUCUGUGUGUUGGUGUGCAGGAGGAUCCAGGUGGAGCAGAUGCAUCAACACAGAGGGGUCAAGGUGCGUUCACUGACCUGCUUCAACAGUAGGAGCAGUGACUGUUGAACUGUCUGUCAGUCUGUGUGUGUGUCUGGCUCCACCUGCUGCUUCUUAUUUUAAUGACUGACAAUCUGCAUCCAAUAAAUUCUGCACUCUUUUGAAUAUUGAGCUCCACCUUCCAGAUACUGCAGUACUUCUUCUGUGAAACACAUCGACACACUGCAGCAAGUAUUCAUGUGUUCAGUGAAGACGAGCUCUAAUGAACUCCUGCAUGAAGGUGAACAGGCUCAAAUAAACAGCUCACACAUAUCAGCUGACACUUCCCCACUUCAUGACUCACAUUAACACAAUUACAUGUUGUGUUAAAGGUGUUCUGACAUGUGAUGUUUAAAUAUGUA